AUGUCUCCGUCACGGCCAGCAUCUGGCGUAGGCAGCGAUGCUUCAGACCUCGCCAUAGUCGGCGACUCCCUGCGAGUACUUCCCACGGGAGACUCCGAACAGGAACUGCUCGAGCCGUAUGCCAAAUUCAGGACAGAGCCCUUGAACGCUCUCCAAGAGCUUGGACUACAUCUUCUUGGGACGAAUUGGAGAUCUUAUGACAAGGUCGUAGGCCCACCGGUGUUUUACAAUGGCUUCAGUGAGAAUAUGAAGAGCAUGGUCAUGAAGCAGCCCAUGCUUAAAGCACGUAUUCGGGAGUUGGCCAAAAAGAGGGUUGAGGUCGAGAUACACGAGGAUCGGCUGGGUCCCAAAGGUCUUGAGGGAGAAGACGAUGCUACACGUCAGACCCGGCGAGCAAGAAGAGAGGAAAUUGAAGGGCAGCUUGGAGAAGUGGCAUACGACUGGCUGGACAAGAUGAUCUUGAAGAUGGAGAGCAAGCACUUCAUUCGAGGAGCCUAUUACUUUGCGACACAGUUAUUGACGAGGGCAUACCAUCAGGGCAUUCACGUGAGCACACAGGAAGUUCUCGCCCUGCGUGAGGUCGCAAAAGAAGCCGCGAGAAAGAAGCAGAGCAUCAUCUUCCUACCUUGUCACCGCAGCCAUGUGGACUAUGUCAGCAUGCAGCUCAUUUGCUACCGGCUUGGAUUGGCUCUGCCUACAGUGGUGGCUGGUGACAACCUCAACUUCCCACUCGUGGGCCCCUUCCUACAGCAUGCAGGCGCAAUGUGGAUCAGACGCAGCUUCGGCGAUGACCAGUUGUAUACCACACUUGUGCAAAGCUAUAUCGACACACUUCUGCAGAAUGGCUACCCAUUUGAGUGUUUCGUAGAAGGAGGCCGAAGCCGGACAGGGAAGCUGCUGCAGCCAAAAUUUGGUAUCCUUGGCUUCCUCAUGGACUCUCUAUUAUCUGGUAGAGUGGAGGAUGCAAUGGUAUGCCCCGUUUCAACGCAGUACGACAAGGUUAUAGAGGUAGACUCAUACAUUUCCGAACUCCUGGGCCAACCGAAAAAGAAAGAGGACCUUUCGGGCUUCCUAUCGGCAUCGAAUGUGCUAUCUUUGAAACUGGGAAGAGUUGACGUGCGAUUCAAGAAGCCCUGGAGCUUACGUCAAUUCAUUGACGAGCAAAGCAGCAGGCUGGGCAAGGACACUCAACUACAGGGCGGAUACGACGCAAAUCUACGAAGAAGACUCCUUACAACGUUCGGCUACAAAGUGCUCAGCGACAUCAACGAGGUUUCAGUCGUGAUGCCUACGGCUCUAGUCGGUACUGUGCUGCUUACUCUCACUGGACGCAGUGUCGGCCGCACCGAGCUCAUGCGGCGCGUAGAGUGGCUGUCCGAACGCGUGAAAGCGAGCAACGCCCGCGUUGCACAUUUUGCUGGGAUCUCGACCGAACAAGUCGUCGAUAAGGCGCUGGAAGUGCUCGGACCCAAACUAGUUGGCAGAGUCGAGGAUCUGCCGGAAGAAAUGUACUACGCCGAAGACCGCUUCCAGCUUUCGUUCUAUCGCAACAUGACGAUACAUUUGUUCAUCUCCCAAGCACUGGUUUGCGCGGCUCUCUAUACCAAGGUUAAGAUCGGCGGCAGCGACAGCGAGCAGAUCAUGCCCUACAAGCAACUCUACGAUUACGUCUUCUUCCUCUCGCAGCUUUUCCGAGCGGAGUUCAUCUUCCCCACCACUCCUCUGGAAGAGAAUCUCGCAGCUACUUUACGCGGCCUCGAGAAAGAUGGCGUCCUCUCCCUGCAGACUGGUCAAGACGGCAGGAUACAACAUAUUUCUAUCGCGCAAUCUGAGCGGGACCUGGACCUAGAGAACUUUGACUUUUACUGCUUUUUGAUCUGGCCAUUCAUCGAAGCAUCAUGGCUCGGCGCUGUCUCCCUAUUCAUGCUCGCCCCGCCGCCUUCUUAUGCUGGCAAAGAGGCGUGGUUGGACCUGAAACUCGCACAGGACAAAGCUCAACUCCUUGGAAAGACGCUGUUCCAUCGAGGCGACUUGGGCUACUAUGAAGCCGUAAACAAGGAGUCCCUCAAGAAUGCCUUCGGACGUUUCGAGGAAGAAGGAAUCAUUAUGGUGACGAGGCCCUCAAAGGGCCAGAAGACGAAGGAGCGUGUACGUCUCGGCGACGACUGGAUGCCCAAGCAUGAUCAGGCUGGCAGACUGAUGCCGGAGGGCAAGCUAUGGGAAUUCGCUGAAAGUAUCAACCUUUCGAGACGAGAUUUCAGAGGAAAGAAGGAGGGCGGAACGGUCACGAGGAGGAUUCUCGGUCUUGCUGCACUCACUGGGCAGGACAUGUGGGAUGAUGUGAGCAGCGAAGCUGCAGGAGAAGUAAAGAAGAGUCGAAGGAGGCGGGGCAUACAAGCUGGCGCGAAGUUAUGAGGAACAGGUCGUUGUCGACGAUUUGACGAUGUUUAGCGAUACCCAUUAGCACAAAUCUUAUACAUAAUCUGAUAUGAAUGUUACGUUGCCAG